GCAUUUUUGCUGGAAGGUGCUAACGUGUUUGAGUGGCGGAGACAGAGAGAGACACCUGCGGCAAGCAGUAGCCCUCUGAGGAAGCAAAGGGAGGGUGCUUACCCCCCUUGUCCCCGUGGCUGCAACAACCAUGAGGGGCAGACAUAAGGACACGUGGAUUUUGCCCUUGCUCUUAGCUGGCUUAAUUCAGCCAAAUCUGGGACAGGAACAACAGAAGGUGGACUGCUACAACACGAAAGCAGGAACAAUCUACGACUAUGGGGCUCUCACCAUAAACGGUGAUGAGUACAUCCCUUUCCAGCAGUACUCGGGGAGGAUGGUCCUCUUUGUCAAUGUGGCCACCUACUGAGGACUCACAAUGCAGUACCUUGAACUGAAUGCACUACAGAAUGAGCUGCGAAAUCAUGGACUGGUUGUCCUAGGUUUCCCAUGCAAUCAAUUUGGAAAACAAGAACCUGGCACGAACGCAGAAAUCCUUCCAGGACUGAGAUACGUCAGGCCUGGAGGAGGUUUUGUCCCAAAUUUCCAGCUCUUUCAGAAAGGAGAUGUGAAUGGGGAUAAAGAACAGAGAAUCUACACCUUCUUGAAGAACUCCUGCCCGCCUCCUUUAGAAAGCUUUGGUGACCCCAAGAGACUUUUUUGGGAACCGCUGAAGGUCCACGAUAUCAAGUGGAACUUUGAGAAGUUUUUGGUUGGUCCGGAUGGGAAGCCUGUGAUGAGGUGGGCACACAGGACCAACAUUGGCACUGUGAAGAGCGACAUCCUGAAAUACAUGAGAGAGCAGCAGAACCUGUCAAUGGGCUAGAGGUCAUGUAGAUGUAGAGAAAUAAGAUGGGAGGGGUGGGGGUGGGGAGACCUGUUGCUUUAUCCAGAACCAGACAUUUUAUCCUCAAAUCACAGAAAAAGGAACUGAACUUCCUUUGACCAAAAGCAAAAGGUUAAGAUAUAAUGUUAAAUAUGGACUAGUUUAUUCAAAAUCAGACUGCAACCCUUCCUCGACUGACCUGUUUUUCCAAACACACUUUGGAAGAGGAAGUGGGCCUCAGCUUUCCAGUCCCUCUCUAGGCUUCGCUCCCACCAUGUUGUAAGUGGGAUCUCUCCCUGCCAUCACUCCAACUUUGAGCCCACCAUAGCACAUUGGUAGCAUUGCAGGGAGGUUGACGAAGACGACCCUUGGGGUCCCUUCUAACUCUACAAUUCUGUGAUCAAAGCUGAGUACAGUGGUACCUUGGUUCUCUUUUUUUAAUAAUAAUUUUUAUUAUUUUAACAUAUAAAUUAUAAAGUGUACCACGAAACUUAUCACUUAUACCAUCUUUUUUGACUUCCAUCAGCCCCUCUGAUAAUCCACCGUUUUGUUCACUUCUUAUAUAUUUCUUAACUUUAUAUUGCCUUUAAGUCUCUUAACAAAUUAUCCUUUCCCUUAUCUAUUUUUGUAAUACUUCAAAUAAUACUCCUCACAGAACUUCUUGCAAACCUACAAACGUCGUCUGGUCUUCACAAAUACUUUUCAAAUAGUCUGUAAAUUUACUCC